AUGCAGGUUCAUGUCCUUUUUUUUUUCUCAUUGCUGACCAUCACCCAUGCCUGCGCAUGUGCUCAGGACCUGCGCCAGUGCAUUGUUGAGACUGCAGCGCUGGCGGGUUUGGACUGGUCUUCCAAUGUCUUGGCUGUCGUUGACAAGUUUGGCGCUGCUGUGCACGCCUUUGCUGCCAGUCAUACAAGUCGUUACUUGUGUGUGUGUGUGUGUGUGUGUGUGUGUGUGUGUGUGUGUGUGUGUGUGUGUGUGUGUGUGUGUGUGUGUGUGUGUGUGUGUGUGUGUGUGUGUGUGUGUGUGUGUGUGUUUUGGCUCAAUUUUUCAUAUGCGGUCCUGCCCAUCUCAGAUUUCUACAAGACGGUGAAGAUGAGGACACCAACGAUGCGAACGACCUCGCAAUACCCUGCCGAGGAGAUGCUGGCCCAGCUGCAAAGUGAGGAGACAUCUCGUGAUGGUCACCUUGCCGCCAGUCUUAAAAUGAACCUGGAGCAACAAAUCACCGGUGUUACGCAGCUCUUUGAGCGCGCCAAGCAGUGGACGCGCUACACCAAGGAGUUUUCGAGUUACCUCGAUAAGCGCGCUGCCUUGAGGCUGGAGUACGAAAAGAAACUGCGCCAGCUGUCCAAUACGACGGCUCAGACGCUGCGAGACAUGGGCCCGCAACCCGGAGCAACAGAAAUUCUUCAGAUGCUUGAACACCACGAGGCCAGCUCGCAGCGCAUUGUUGCCGCCUUUACGGGCAUCAACCACAACAUUUCCCACAAAGGACCCAUUGAGGAGAUGCGGCAACACCACGAGCAAACCCGAAAGCUACUCAAGGACAAGUGGGCGCGCGAGUGCAAGCGGCUCAGCGAUGCCACAGCGGCUGCUCAAAAGGCGCAGAGUCGCUACAAUCAAGCUGCUACCGAGUGGGAGGCUCAGCUGACGCAACGCCAGGAAGCCGAGGAAAGCAAAUACAAGCUCAAGCUAGACAAGCGUGUCAAAGACGAGGGCGACCAACGCACCAAAUUGGAAGAGCUGCGCACGCAAUAUGCCGCUGCCCUGCAGCAAGCCAACAAAGCUCGCGCCGACGUGUUGGAUACGCGGCGCGAAGUCAUUGAUAGCCUCACAGAUUCCGUAUUUGAGGGAGGUGAAUGCCUUCGUGACGUAUUGUUCCUCUUGCAUCAGGAUGCCCAUCGCAUCCAUCUUGCAGACACGGGUGGCGCUGAUGACCUCCUGGCCCGACUUGAUGCAUUUCGGUCAGCGCCCAACGUGGCGGCUUACCUGGCUGAAGAAUUAAGCGAGGCCGGUCUUGAUGCCUUUGUUAAUCCCGAUCCUCACCGCUUUCACGAGUACCAACUGCGACCAGAAACCAUGUCUUAUCUCGAGUCUCGAGGGGUCGUCAAUUCAUGCGCGUUGGAGGCAGCUGAGUGGGAAGAUCGCGCGCCCGAAGGAGCCAAUGUGCUUAGUGCUGAGGAAGUGGCUCGACAACCCGAUAUGCAUGCUUUUGUGCGACUCACAAUUCCAUCCAAAUGCAAGCACUGCAAGCGGGCUUGCUACUUUAAUGCAUUUGUCUGCACUAAAUGCCACAUUGCCUGCCACCGCCGCUGUACGGAGGAGCUGGAGGUGCGCUGCAACCUGGCACAACAGGCCUAUGCUGCCAAAACGAUCAAGCGGGCGCGGCAUGCAUCAGUUUUUGGCUCGUCGCUCGACGAGCAGGUGGCCGACUCAUCAGACGGCGUCCCGGUGCUGGUCCGCCGCCUUUGCGAGGCUGUUGAGCGCCGCGGCAUUGAUACUGAGGGUAUCUACCGGCUGAGUGGCGUCAAGAGCCGAGUCGAGGACUUGUGCGCGCAAUUUGAGGCCCAUCCGCGCGCUGUCAGCGUGGAUGAUGCUGACCCGAUCACACUGGCAGCCGUGCUCAAGACCUACUUGCGACAAUUACCCAUUCCAGUCAUUCCACCUGAUUUGCAACCCGACUUUUUGGCCAUUGCUCGCGAGCGAAUGGAGACGAAUGAUGCACCCAACUGCGAGGUGCUUGCUUCAGAAAAGAGGCAUGUGCUGAUCGAGGUGUUACACAUCCAUGUGCUUGCCCAGUUUACACGUCUAGUGGACGUACUGCCGGAUGUCAACUAUUCAACUCUGGCCUACUUGUGCAGCCAUUUACAUCGCAUUGCGAUGCACGCAGAGACAAAUUUGAUGAAGUGCUCCAACUUGGGCAUCGUUUUUGGUCCCACUUUACUGCGCUCGUCGGCAGAUAGUCUGCAGUCGCUGAUGAACAUGCCCAUGCAAACCAUGGUUGUGGAACUUUUGAUCAAGUUUUGCGAAACCAUUUUUGCUCGCUUCUUUGAAUCGCGACCCACGCUCAAGCCGUCCCUCGUUGAAGACACACCAACGUUCUCGGACAGCGGCAAGCAGGCACAGGCGUUUUUGCAGGUGGCUGGUGGUGAGGAGGGAGCGGCACCCGUGGAUGCCGAGAGUGCAUCCUCCCAUGAUGCUUCCUUUGAUGACCCGCUGGCAGAAGUCGACACGCCCAUCUCGUCAGAAGAUGAAGAUGUGCAUCGUGAACACCUCGGAGAGCGCGGUGGUGGCACCAGCCCUGUCAUGAAAACCGAUGGCCAGGAUCAAGACCAAGACCGGGUUCACGAUCAGCAUUGGGAUCAAGAUCAGGAUCAAGAUCAGGAUCAAAACCAGGCUCAAGAUCAGGAUCAAGCUCAGGAUCAAAACCAGGGUCAAGAUCAGGGUCAAGAUCAGGAUCAAGCUCAGGAUCAAGAUCAUGAUCAAAACCAGGAUCAAAACCAGGAUCAAAACCAGGAUCAAGAUCAGGAUCAAAACCAGGAUUUAAUUUCAACCACUCAGAAUGCUGACGUGGAUGACGGUCGCUGGUCAAAGGAGGCUCAGUUUACGGACGGUCUUUUCGAGAUAGCAAACGGGAGCGCUGGAGAGACUCGGCAUGAUGUCAACAGCAGAUCUAGGCAAGAGGCUGGCUUACACCAACGACAGGCAGCGGCUUUGGGAGACGAUGAUGCCGAGGAUUUGCAGGAAGAGGCCGAUCGUGAUGCCCUAGACGGUUACUUGAGCGUCGACGAUGCAUCGGAGGACGAUGAAGAUGCUACCGAGUUUGCAGGGGGCACUGAGGCGGACUCGGAGGAGGAUGAUCCGCUCAACCGAACGCUAGUAGGGUUUGACGAACGUCCUGUGGUGGAUCACGGCCCCGGAUUUGAGUCACCUCCACCAGAUGCCCCCCCGGCUGUUGGAGAGCCCCAUGCUGACUCGGCACUGCCUCCGGAGUUGUUGGCUCUGCUGUCUACGGGCGAGCUGCCCCCUCCGCCCCCUGUCCCACCUCCCUUGCCGCCUCAUUUUGAAGACCUGGACGAGAGCGGUGACUAUGGCUUCAUGAGCACUCCUCCACCAGCACCCGAUGCUGACACCUCGGAAGGGUUGGCCCGGCAUUCCUCGGGAGGCCUGCGUUAUCGCACGGGGUCGUCCAUAUCGAUCACCAGUGCUGACUUGGGCACAGAAUUUGUUUAG